UAAUAAAACUGCUUUAAUUGAUAGUUUGAAGGCGUGAAAGUUAGCAUUGUACAAUAACGCCAGUUUGAUAACAGAAGCUAACAUGUAACAUUGGUUUAGCACAAACGUUGCUUUGCCACAACAGUUAUCGCUAAUCGCCAAUUGCUCGUGUUUGUGUUUAUUUUUAUUUAUUUAUUUUUUCGGGGCGGAGGGUGUAAAAGAAAUCAUUCCUGUGUAGUUUGUUUUGUAAUUUGCAAAUUGAAGGUCCGAGCAGACAAGUGCCUGGGAAUAAGUUGCCAAAGAAACUUGAAUCAAGCAAUCGUCCGGCUGCAGGGACCCAUCUUGUGUGCAUCGACACCAUUGAGAGAUGUCGUCUUCUCAGCGUGACGUCAUCGACUUCUCGGCGUUGGAGAAGGACUUACGCGCCAGCGUGGAGGCAGAGCUGAAAUACCGACGAGAGAACGACGCCAAACUGAGGGCCGUCCAACAAGGCGUGGCUUCGUACCAGCAGUUCAGGGAUUUGGUCCUGACCAGUCACCUGACGCCGCUCCACAAGACCGACAAGAAUGCUCGCAAGCACGCGCCCUGGAACCCAGUGGUUGCUCCUGGCAACACACCUGACCCUCAAGAACAACACGCAUACACACAUGAACCUCAAUAAUAACAAAACUCAAACCAGACCCUUAGUAACAAAAGAAAGUACACAUUAGACCCUCAGUAACAGGUGAAGAAAGCUGAAUGUGAACACAAGUUGUGAAUAAAAGUUUUUUUGGAGUCUAAGAAGUGAA